UUAGGUGUUGUUACUGUAGUUUGGAAUCAUCAAGAUUGAGAAGUGAACGUAGCAACGGCAUACAUCGAAAACAGUUUUUGUUUUGUUUUUUAUUUUCAUUCAAUUAUUUUAUUAAUUGUACAUUUGUGUAAAUAGGUUAUUUCUAUUUUUUAUAACCAGACAUCGAAACGAUGGAACUUAAUUCUCUUUUAAUUCUGCUGGAGGCUGCAGAAUACUUGGAAAGAAGAGACAGAGAGGCAGAACACGGCUAUGCGUCUGUUUUACCAUACAGCAGCGACUUUUCCCGAAAGAAAACGAAAGGCUCGCCAAUAUCCAGAAAAACUCAGAACAAUAGAUCAUCACACAACGAGCUGGAGAAACACAGACGUGCCAAAUUACGGCUUUACUUGGAGCAGUUGAAGAAGUUGGUGCCUUUGGGUCCAGACAGCACGAGACACACCACUCUGAGCUUGCUGAAAAGGGCCAAGAUGCACAUCAAGAAGCUGGAAGAGCAGGACAGGAAGGCUUUAAACAUGAAGGAGCAGCUUCAGAGAGAGCACCGCUACCUCAAACGCCGCCUGGAGCAGCUCUCUGUGUCGGGAUCUGUGGAGCGCAUCCGCACCGACAGCAUGGGCUCCACCAUUUCUACUGACUCAGAGCAAGAGGUGGACAUUGAGGGGAUGGAGUUCACCCCUGGCGAAGCAGACAGUGUGGACAGCAUCAGCGAUGGAGAGGAGGAGGACCACUACAGCCUCCAGAGCAGCUCCAGCGACACCAGCUACACAGCCACACAUUCCCACAGACUGCAGCCGCACCAUUGCUAGGCACUGCACAGCCCUCAAUCUCUCAACCAGCUCACUCACCUUUGCUUUCCUUUCCUCACCCUGCCUUCCCCAAUUUGCAGUUGCCAACACCGCCCACCACCUACAUCAGACCAGCCCACAAUGGUGGUACGCCCUGAACCUGUUCCUCCUUUUCCUGGCUAUGACUGUCCAGGAAGCGCAUAUGGCCAUCAAGCCGCUUGAGCCCUUCCUAACCUUCCCUCUCGCCUCUCACAUCCAACCACUGACCCUACCUCACCCUACUGUAUCCUGCCUGAACUCGCCCACCUCCCUCCCCUCCCACUGCCCUCACAACCUCCAACUAGUGUUGAUGCGGGCUCAGAGAGCGCAGGGUAGAGUUAGUGGUUUUUAUCUGAUACAUCUGUGGUGAGGUGAACAGCUUUGACUUGUUAAUCGGUCUGUGUUUAUACAUGUGAAGGAGGAGUCUGAGAGGUCAAAAAACAAACUUCAGCCUUUUUCAAGUGGCAAUAAUACACAGAAAGUUUUGCACUAAGUUUAGGAUGUAAAAGAAAAAAAGCACUUCUGUUUGUUUAGCAAUAUCUACAAUAUUAAGACCUCAUCAGUCGUUUUUAUCCUACAGUAUCUGUUGGAAAUAGCUUGUGAAUGUCUUGAGACAUUCGACUGCUGACAAAUGCUUUUCUCAUCUUAAUGCCAAAAAGCUCUUUGCUGUAGCUUCACGCUACCUUUCCACACCCAAGAGUGCUGUCAAUCAUCUCAGCAGACUCUGAAUAAGCUGACCAAAAAGUGUUGAACCACCCUUUUGAUUUCUUCCUGUUUAGCAUGCUAAGAAUGCACAGCGGUGCUCCCACGAGUAUGUGAAAUGUACAGCGGUAAGACUCCUCAUCAGUAGUCACUUCAUCUUCACAUGAGGGUAAAGACAACCUGGAAAGUGUCAGAGCUGUGAGAGCAGGCAGUUUGUAAAUAAAUGCACAGUUACUGUCUAAACUCCUAUGUCUCCCUCUGGUUGGGUUGCCUAACCACUACUCCACACUACUGACCACUACAUUAUACCACCCUACGGUGCGGAUGGACUACUAUGUCAAAAAAAAAGAAAGAAAAAAAAGGAGUUGUUUCACAACUAUAAAACUUGUGUAUUUCUUCUCAGUAGCUAAUUGAUGUAGCAAUAAGUACUAGAGGCUUCUUUUGAGUGUCAAUUUGACUUGGUGGACCACGAGAUGUUCAUGGGAAACUUUUUUCUUUGUCCUUUUUCAGCCUGUAGAUGGCAAACUGUUGCUCUCAGGAAGUGGACCUGCAGACCUUUUCACCGUAUUCACUAAUGGGUCCUCCUCUGUCUGUGCAGUGUCAUCUACCAAACAUUUACAUUUAUCUGCAGCUCUGUCAAUUUUCAUGUUGCGCUCAUGUGUGAGUGGAGUUUUAUUAUGUAACAUUCAGAUUAACAAGUCAAAGCUGUAAAUUUUGAUGAAACAAAAAGGGAGGGCAAGCUGUGAUGAUUUGCUGUCUGUAGUGGCGAUCGGUGUAGCUAACUUAGCAAACUAAUCCCAUUCAGUUCACUUUUCAUUUCUCUAACAGGAGUAAUAACCUUAUUUCCUCUGUUAUCUGUUACUUCUAUCCAUUUCAGCUUUGGGCCCUGCUGAAGACCAAUGUAGAUUAAAAUUUCUUCUCCUGUAAGCCUGAUAUUGACGGACGAGGUGCUUCUGUUGCUCUCUGAUCAUUUAAUAAUCAGCUGCCCCAGUCUCUUGCAGUCUUGUAGAAUAUGGCACUUUAAAAACAAAAAGAGCCCGGCCCAAUGUGGCAGGUCUGACCAAAAAAAUGUAAAACUACAAAAAAAAAAAAAAAAACAAAAAAAAAAAAAAAAAAAAAAAAAAAAAAAAACUGCAUACAAAAGAAGCUACUCGUCACUAAAAGUGAUAUUAGCUAGUGUAGUCUAUAUUUCUUGUAUUAAAUUUUGUAUUAUAUUUUCCUAAAUGUUCUCUCAUAAAGAAAAGGCAAAAAAGAGUGAGUAUAUCAAUUUAUAUCUAGAUAUAUAAAGAUACAUAUAUAUAUAUCUGUUAUAUAUAUGUAUAUGUAUAUAUAUAUAUAUAUAUAUAUAUAUAUAUAUAUAUAUAUAUAUAUGUGCGAGUGUAAAUAUAUAUAUGAGUACAUGAAAGACAGACAGACAGACAGGAGGCCAGGCUUGUUGAAGGGAGAGUGGGGGUAGGGGAGCUGAUACACUGGCCCCUCUCCCUGGGUGACUCUCCUGCUGUCAUUCUGUGCCUUGGUGAGCCUUUGACCUCCUUCCUCCUCCUCCUUGUCCCUUGUCCUCACCCUCUGCCCCAACUCAGGUCACACUCCCCUCAUCCCAUCUUCUUAAUCACAUCUUCCCUUUCUUCUUCUUCUUCUUCUUCUCCUCCUCUUCUGGUGGUGAUUUAAACCUUGUGAAACCCUCCCAGGAGAAAGGAGGCAAAUGGAGAGAAGACAUCAUUACAAAAAAAAAAAAAAAAAAGAGGUCCACUUGGUUUCUACUGAAGGCGCUGUUCUACCACACCCUGUCCAGGCACUCCCCCCACCCUUGUGACACUUACCCAUCUGCCAGUGCCACUUCUGUCAUGGAAAAACAAAAACAUACACACUGGUAAACUCCCAUGGCAGCUUCCAGUCGCCCUUAACGGUCACCAACGGGGCUCUAAACGUCUGGGCUUGAAGCAUUUUUAACCUUUUCUUUUUUUGUUUGUCAUUUUGCUAUUAUUGUAUGUUGACUAUGUGUUUGAUCAGUGGGAGGCACUGGGAGAGGAGCGAUAAAAGAAUAAUCCAAUCAAUGGCAGCUUAAGGUGUUGUCCUCCAAGCUCCCAGUAGUCCAUCCCCCCUCCACAAAAAAAAAAAAAAAACAAAACAAAAAAACAAAAGCAAAAAGAAGAAAAAAAAAAAAAGACAAAUAGUGUUACCCAUUGAUCAAGGGACCUCUUAACAGCAAUAUGACCAUCUUGUGCUUUCUGAGGGAGAGUGGGCAGCCAUUUUUUUUUUUUUUUUUUUUUUUUUUUUUUAGACAAGCAAGUGAUUUUGCGUUUUACUCUGUAAUGCAUUUUUAGUGACCAACGCUUUGUUUCAUUUGGAUGAAUUUACCUCCUAAAUGACCCUCUCCACACACUGCAGGAGGACAAAUAAAAUGAACCAGAAGUGUUUGUUUUUUUUUGUUAUCAAGUUUACAUUCAUGUCAAAGAACUUGUACAUGAUUGUUUGUAGCAAAAACGUCAUUCAAAAUUUGUUGGUCAAAAUGAACAACUGAGUAAAUCAUAUUAAUGGCAUAAAAUAAUUCUCUUGCACAGAACCUCCCAGUGAGAAAGAAAAGUGGGCCAGAUAUGAGAUUAUAAUUUUUCAAUGCCGUCAUUGGAAAAUGUACAUAGCACACAUACACUCGGAAUGAGUGGCCUAUGAGCAGCUGACUGGACGUGUUAACAUUUUGGUUUAAUGUUUGGGGGGAACGUGUGUAUGGAAAUUCUUUUAAUGAUGUGCCUUGGAAAAAGUUAUUUUCUUUAAAAAGCAGAGAUUGUACCAGUUAAUGACAACUGUUAAUGCAGUCACAGUUACGCUUACUUUUAACCCCCAGAGAGGCAAAAGAUGUCUUCUCAAGACCAUUAACGCAGAGAAGUUAACAGGGUUCCUCGGUGAAGCCCUGCUGACAUCAGAAGUCAUUAGACUGAAACAUCAGAACCAAGUACAGACGAGAUUUGAUGUUUGCUUUCAUGUUGCUGUUGCACAGAGAUUUGCUUCGGUGUGGUGGGCAUUUUACAAGCAUGGAAGUUUUAAAUGUCGGCAGGCUGAGAUGCAAGACAGAAAGCGAUGAGCCUUGGACAAAGAGGCACUAAGAGAUGAAACACGUCAGGCCUGCUGAUUCAUGGUGCUUCUAAAAUCCACACAACUUCCAUGAAAUAUUAUUCCUGCCAAACAAAUAGUCACUUUUAAAUGAAUAGCUUUAACUACCUGUAGGCUUUGGAUCAGCUUCUCACUUUACAAACUUUAGCCUUCGCAUCUUUUUUCUUUUUAUUUUGCAUCUUUGCGCGUUUGGGUGACACUCUAGAGUCAGCUGAGUAGACUCCACGAUGGUGUCACAUCCACAGUGGGCUGUAGAGGGGGACCUGGCUUGGAUUUAGUCAAGAGGAGCACGAUACAGAUUUGGUCAGGGCUUGAGAUGCUGUGCAGAGUAGGGAGAGUUCUGUGCCAGAGACCUGUGAAUAUGUCCUUUUUGGUGGAUGUGUGUGUGAGUGUGUGUACACGACUACCUGGUGCUGGCUACAUUUUAGCAAACACUUGAAGGUAUUGUGUAUUCUCUCAUUGUAAUAUAAUUAAAAUGUUUUAUACAUAAAGCUGUUGCGACCUUGUGAGUUCUUUCUGCAUGCAAAGAGAAAACUGUGACAAUCUUCAGCUGAACAAAGCAGCAGGAAAAUGCAGGAGAUGUUCAAAUGUUAUGGGGCUUCCUGUUUGGUUUAUGCAGGUGUGAGUGAAGCUGUAAUUUGCUGUCUGGAUUUUUCAUUUUUAAAGGUCUGGGGUUCAUCUUUUGUUACUGUAACAGUAGAGACCUUAGAUAAUGGCAUCAAUGAGACAAAAUAAGCCGUCAUUUAUUUAGUUACAAUGAUUUAUUAAAGCUUGUUUUGUCAAGGAUUAAACCAAGUUAAAAAAUGAAGAGCCUUUUUUAAGCAUCUACAGCUCGUAUAUGGAUUUUACUUUUUAAAAUAGACCUGCAUUAACUUAAUGCAAAUGUCUAAUUCUAUAUGAUCAUGAAAAACACAUUACGCUCAAAUAUGUUCCUGCUAUAAUUCAAGUGUCACAGAAAAAAAAUCCAGUCAAUUCCAUGUUAAACGGAAUGCAGUGGAUAAAAUGUUAGGACAAUAGCAUCUUCAUCAACACAUACGUUUCAACAAGCAGAUUGAAAUGAUCAACUUUCACUAUUGCACCUCACUUACAGUAAUACAGUUAACGGCUAAUCACGUUACAUAGUCUGAGCAGACAAAAGUGAAAUGUUUGCUCGUUCUGAUAUAAGUCACUUUGCUGUGAUUGUCAGCGUGUCGGUACAGGCUUGCAGGCAGCAGUUUUUAUGCUUUCUAAUCAUGUGUGAAACAUUACAGGACGGUGUGUUUGCUGGGGGAGCUACAGCAUUUCAGAAAUGGAAGCUUAUCAGUUUCAAAGCCAACAAAUAUGAAACUAAGGGGAAAUCACAAGGAAACAUUACAAUUUUGCAGCUUAAAAUUUCCCCUGUGAGAAAUUUACACCACAAAAUUUCAAAUUAAAACUUAACAUGAUUUGAUCUAAUGUUCAUUUCUGGCUGCGUACAUGCCUGAAGCAUGACAGCUGUCGUUGCAAAGCAGUGUAGCAUCUGUAUAAAUCCCAAAAUAUG